CUACACUUCUCAGCUUGAGGUUUUUUGACAGGCCAGCCAUGAACGUGCGAGAGGUGACUAUCACCCGACGACUUUUCCACCUUGGCCUCCGAGGUGCUUGGGAAGAGGCUUUGGACCUCUGGGACAAAUGUGGUAUGCCCAUGGAUGCGGUGAUGUGUAGUGCGAUGUGCCGGUCGUGUGAAGCCUCCGGCAGAUGGGAAGUCGCGCUGUCCCUGAGCGGUGGAUGUGCUCUCGACGCCGGUGCCUGCACAGCUUUGAUGAAGCUCUUUGGGCGGUGCAGUCAGUGGCAGCGUGCCAUGGAGGUCUUUGCGGCAAUGCAGACAGAAGGGCCUUCACCUGAUACAUAUGCGUUGGGUGCUGCUGUGGCAGCCUGCGGCAACUGGCAGCACGUGCUGGAGCUACUGCAGGCAGCGCGGCGCUAUUGCUUGCAACCCAACGCAGUGGUGUGCAACUCCGCGAUCUCAGCCUGUGGAGCGCACUGGCAAGUGGCUCUGGCCAUCAUGGAGGAAAUGGGGGAAGCACGCCUGGGCGAUCAUGUGACUUGCGGCAGCGCCAUUGCUGCCUGCAAGAAGGCUGGGCAAUGGGAGCUAGCACUUGCGCUCCUGGAGAGUGAGCCGAAGCUUCGCAACGUGGUCGCUGCUUCUACCGCCAUCUCUGCCUGCGCCGAGGCGCAGCAAGCAGAACGAGCAGCGGAGCUGUUGCAAUCACUGCCAGGGAUGCACAUCGAGCCUUCAGCGGCUUCCUUCAAUGCUGCCAGCAGCUGCCAGAGCUGGGAUUUGGCGUUGGAGGUCUUGCGUUUUGCAGCAAUUCACGGUGUUGAAGCACGCGCCUCGCUUGGGGCCAUGAAGGCGUUUGAGCGAGGCUGUCGUUGGCAAUCUGCGCUCGCAUUGCUGCGCCCUGGGUGCAAAGACAUCCAGCUGGGUGCCGCGUUGCGAGCUUGCCAGCAGGCUGGCGCCUGGGAACGCAGCCUUUGUCUCUUUGAGGAGCGAGGAGCCCUGGGGGCGCCCCCGCUCGAGCUCUGGAACAUCGUCAUAACAAGCUGUGCGGAGGGCUGCUGGCAAAAAGCGCUAGCUAUGCUGCAAGGUUUGCGACAGGCAAUGCAGCCAGACGCUUUUUCCUACAACUCAGCCAUUAAAGCCUGCCAGAUCGGAAGCCAUUGGGAAGGGGCAGUUUUGUUGCUCGAGGAGAUGCAGCAGCUGCAUCUUGCAGAUGCUCUGACGCACCACAUGGUCAUGACGGCAUGCAUGGACAGCUUGCAGUGGGAAGCAUGCCUGCGGAUCCUGCAGGCUUUGGAGCAGUUGGCUGAGCCAGGCCUGCUGGUCUAUGGCCCGGCCGUUGGGGUGUGUUUGAGAACUCUGCAGUGGGAGCACGCGCUCCUUUUGGUUCACGGCCUGUGGGCGAAGACGCUCACGCCGGACACGGCCAUGUGCAACGCCGUCGUCACCGCGUGCGAGCGAGCUAGCCGCUGGGCCUGGGCCGUGCAGCUGUUGCAGACGAUGAGACGGGCAGGCCCUGAGCCUGAUGCCGCAACGCGCAAUGCAGCCAUUGGCGGUGCAUGGCGCUCGGCUCUCUUCCUCCUGGGGUCCGAGCGCGACCCGUUGGCCGUGGGUGCCACGUUGGGCGCCUGUGCUCGGGCCAGCCGCUGGGAGGAGGCCUUUUUGCUGCGGUCCAGGAGCCCAAACCUUAUUUCCUGUGCAUCUGCCUUCAGCGCUUGCGUUCGCGCUCAACGCUGGCUCGCAUCUGCGGCACUGCGCCAGGAGCUGAGCAGCUUUCUGGCAGCCGCCCUCAGAGGCUUGGCGGACCUGUCCCAUUCCAACAUCAUCGUUGCCGUUCUGGAGCAGUUGCAGGAAGAUCAAGCAGUUGGCCAGUCUCAGGCAGCUUCCUUUCGGCGGACAUUGCUUGCACCAGCAGCAGCGCGCCUGCUCGCGCUUUCAACGUCAUCCGAUGUUGUAGUUGCGAAGCUCGGGGGGGAGGUGGUCCUGCAAGACCCAAUUCUGGAGCGCCAAUCCAGCCUAGGCUCCGUGGCAGACUUGCCUAGCAUUGGGAUCGGGACAGCGGACCUCUUGGCCUGGGUGGCUGGUCCUCGCUUAGUGAGUCGACGGACAAUGGUUGUUGGCGAGAGAACAGAAGAUCCUGCUGCCAAAGAUAUACUUGCUCACGUCUCGCAUGCGCUGGGGAAAGGGUCGUGCCGGCGUUGGCAAGGAGCAUACCGGAUGGAGCGCUCAGAGGCCUUGCCAUCUUUGUAUGUGGAGCAUCAACGCUUUCAACAUGCAGAACGCCAGGCAUUGCUGGAUGUCUUGCGCCUGGUCCGAGCCUAGAAUCUUGGCUCCGGGAGAUGCACAUCUAUGAGUGCAGCUUCAACUGCUAGCGUCACGGCGGACAUGGACCGUUGACUCGAUUCUGCUCUCAGCGGAGAGCGGAUUGUGUGCAACAUCUUGGCAGGACGAGCUCGUCGUCUUGAUCGAAGCGCAUAGGUUCUCAAGUUCUCCUGUUUGAUGAAAGCGCAGAAUUGAGAGUCAAGCCAUGGUUUCACGCAGUUGCGAAGCGAGCCAUGCCUUGUUCGUGUUUCUGUUGCGUAUCAAACCGGUUGCCCAGCCACGAUUCACGCGUGCCCAGCCUGGUGGA